AUGCUCCUCUCCAUUUGCUUCCUUGCCACUCUUUAUGGUCUUGCUACUACAGCCGCACUGCCCACAACCACCCUCAAUGUCCCGCAUCGCCUCAUUCACCAGUUCGACAAUGGCUUCUGGGCGGAAAACAUCGCCGUACGAACCAAUGGGAAACUGUUGAUCACCAUGAUCGCCCCCUACCCGCAGGUCUAUCAAUUGGAUCCGCUCUUGCCAAAUCCAGUCCCAGAAUUGAUUGCCACCUUUCCCAACCACCUCGCAGCUCUCGGGAUAGAUGAAAUCAACCCCGACGUCUUCGCUGUCGUGGCCAACAAUUUCACGUUCUCGACUGGCGCAAGCACCCCUGGGUCGAACACUCUCUAUCGGCUGGACAUGCGAACUUACGACACGGAUGGCCAAGCCAACGUUUCGGUGCUUGCUAGCAUUCCUGACGCUGUGUUUCUCAACGGACUCACUACUGUCAAAGGCGGAGCUGGAGGAAAGGUCCUCACAGCAGACUCGUUCACAGGCCAGAUCUUUGAGGUCGAUGUCAAGAACGGAGCCUCCAAAGUCUGGAUGGACAACCCCAUCCUGUCCUUUCCUGCAGGUGCGAGCAUCAAAAUCGGCGUGAACGGAGUGCGGUAUCGUCCAGAAGAUGGCUUCGUAUACUUCAGCGUUCUCGCGCGGGGCACCAUGGCUAGAGUUCGUUAUUCGCCGAACAAGACCAGGGAGGACAAGAACGAAGCAAAGUCGAUACAGGUCCUGGCAGAGGCGAACAUACCGCUCGACGAUUUCAUUGUGGCUCCUAAUGGAGAUAUAUAUGCUACCGGCGGAUCUGACAAUAUAUUGUAUGUGGUCAGAGCAGGCAGUGGACGCCUGACGCCAUUUUUCGGGGCGUCUGACUCUUUGACGCUUGCGGGUCCUACUGCAGCUAGAUUUGGCAGGACGAAGCUCGAUCGCCAUAUUAUCUAUGUCACUACCAACGGAGGCGUUGCAGGUCCUAUCAACGGAACCAUCACUGAACCGGGCAAGGUUGUCGCUAUCGAUACUGGAAAACUCUAG